ACAAACUAACAUAAACGAGCUUUACCCAACCUCAAAUUCGAGUUGUUUAUUGAAAUCUCAAGUUCUUGAGUCAUUUACACCCCUCGUCCCCCAUAGGAAGAUCAUAUUAUGUUUGUCAAGAAUGAACUGAUAUCAUUGAUUGUUGGGGAUCAUUCAAUGUGCGGCAGACGUGCCCAACUACCUAGUCUUCUACUACCCUGAUCAAAGAAGAGGAGAGAGAAACCAAAGUUCAUAUCUUUGAGGUCAACUGAUGGCUUUUGGGAUAUUAACACACUGGGUCUCUCUCCUCUUUCUGGGUUUUGCUCUUACUCUUUUCUACAUCUACCCAUCUCUAUCUUCUCAACAAUCAGCUGAAGAAUUACCCAAUUCUCUCUAUGAUUUCACUGUCAAGGAUAUCAAUGGUAAAAAUGUGAGUUUGAGUACUUACAAGGGGAAGGUUCUUCUGAUCGUCAAUGUUGCUUCCCAAUGUGGUUUAACAAAGUCAAACUAUCAGGAAUUGAACAUUUUGUAUAAGAAGUACAAGGACCAAGGCUUUGAAAUUUUAGCCUUCCCAUGUAAUCAGUUUGGAUGGCAAGAACCAGGAAGUAAUGAAGAAAUCAAUGAAGCUGUCUGCUCUUCUUUUAAAGCAGAAUUCCCUUUAUUUCAGAAGAUAGAUGUCAAUGGGAAGAAUGCAGCACCACUUUACAAGUUUUUAAAAUCAAAGAAGUCCGGAGUAAUAGUAGAUGAGAUCAAAUGGAACUUUGCAAAAUUUUUGGUGGACAGGCAAGGAAGCGUUGUUGAGAGAUAUGCUCCUGUGACCUCCCCCCUACAAAUUGAGAGUGAGAUUCAAAACCUCCUGGGAUCCUCUUAGUGGUUGUAUCAUCAGGCAUAUAGCGUUCGAAACUUGGCUUUGACUACCAUUGUGCAGGUUAUUACAAGUUAUGAAUUUCAUCUAUAUGUCACGUUGUAAAGGAAUACAGUAGGACUAUAAUUUUCAAAAUUAGUACUCACUCAUACCCUGAGCUUCUAUGAUACAUCCCUAGACUAGGCUAUGAUUUUUAAGUGAUGACAUAUUCUGUCUUGUAGUUUGUCAAAGUUUUCAUGCUAAAAUUUGUCGAUUGAGUAAAAUAUACGAGCUCCUAUGUUUUGUAGAAAGUAGCAUUUUCAAAGUUGUUAUUGUACUAGAGGUCUUAUUA